GUAUGUGGUCAGCAAUGUCACGCAAUCUGGAUCUGACUAGCCAAGGAUGCGGGCAAAUUCUUGUUUGCACGUUGACCACAUACAUAUUCGAUGGACAUUCGGAAAACAUGGAAAACAUCCUUUCAUUCUAAUCAUCUCUUCAUCAGACCUUGGACCUCGGUCAAUUUUGUUUUCUCGAAGAGCUCAUGAUAACCUAAUAAUUGUCCUCUUUGACGGGGCGUACGGUAAGCCAAGAGAAAAACUUCGCAACGAUUACCGCUUCCGACAUGCAUAUCAAAGGUACAAAUGCCCUGAGUAUUCUCGCGUAUAUCAAAAACAAUGCUACAAUAUUCUAACUAGCUACUUACCGACAUUUUAACGUGAUGGACAAGGGUCUUUCGCCAGUUGACAGCCCUCCAAAGUGAUCAUGGCCAGGGACAGGUUGGUCUGACGUGGACGUGGGCCCGAGGCUGAAGUUCCACAGAUCACUUGGUUUGAUUUUCACGAUCGCUGUUCCUGGACACUGCUCUGGCGAUCCUCUGACUACCGCCUCGAAUACCGAGGGUGGAAGACACCUUGUUUUCUCUGCUUGGAGCAGGCAGAUAUUUCUUCCAUCGCGCCAAUCGAACUCACUGCCGUUCUUGAGGUCACCCACUGCCGACUUUCCUAGUCAUGGUUUAACAGCAGGCACUGUGCGUCUUCCGACAGAGUCUCCGAAAGAGCUCGGUAAUUCAUCUUUUUCCUGGUCGGAUGAUCAGUUUGAAGCUUCAAGAAGACCGCCUGCAACUCCCGAGCGGUGCGAAUCUGUACUGGAUGUCCCACCACUGAUUCCCGGCACAAUUGACGGGAUUCGGCACGGUUGACUACAGUAUACUUUUUACUACAUCUAUACCCCAUAUUUUCCUACUCCAAACAGCCACUUGAGUCAUGGCUUGUUUUCGUAACACCUUCUAUUCUCCGCAAUGUUCGAAAUGCGGGACGCUAUAUUUCAAUCCGAACUAUACCCCACGGCAAUAUCUCCAGAAUUCCAACAUCUGCCCUGAAGUCUAUACGAGCUCUCAACAACAAUAGUAUCGACCGCGAGAGAGAGUCUGUUCGUCGAGUACAAUUUCCCCAACCAGGCCCCACCCCCGCUAGUUCCACCCCAAGUCUAGCAGAGGGCGAGGGCAUAUUUGCAUCCCUUGCAAUUACGUAUGUGCUGUGGUUUGCUGCUGGGUCCCAAGUUCGAAUAGAACUAUAAGUACUGAAGCAAUGUCCGAUCUCGCGCAGGGCGGGAAGCAGGUAGGUCUGUAAACACAUUUCCAAGCCAAAAAUCAUCUUUCGUUGGAUACCGACCAUGGCUCGACUUGCAAGCGCCUUGUUGCUUGCACAGACCCUCUUGCUAUCAUGCCUAGUCGACGCUCAACAGAAACCUCAGGCCCUCGGGACCAGGAGGUCGUUCUACACGGUGCCCAGUACCAUGCAGAUUCCUGUGGUGCAGUCCACCAAGUACGGCCAGACUGAGCCAGGUUACAUGUUCAUAAACGUCCUCAACAGGACCGCGCCAUGGAUCACACCAAUGAUCCUGACGGACGAUGGGGAUCUGGUCUGGUACAGUACAGAGAUCUCGUUCGGGCCGCUGAGACCGCAGACCUACCAGAACAAGACGGUCUUGACGACCUGGAUCGGUACCACCAACCCGGAAGGACUAGGCUGGGGUCAAGUCAACAUGUUCGACGACACCUACACCUUGAUCAAGAACGUCACACUUCAACCCCCGAACUUCCAGACCUUCGACCACACGAAAUACUCGUCCUACGUCGAUGUCCAUGAGAGCCAAAUGACCACCGACGGAUCAAUGUUGGUCAUCGCGGUGAACAUCACCACGGCGAACAUGUCCUCCGUCGGCGGCCCGGGGCACGGAUACGUCAUCGACGGCCAGUUCUACGAGAUCGACGUCGCCACCAACAAGGUUCUCUUCUCAUGGAGUGCCCUGAACCAUAGCUCUGAAAUUCCGCUGGACGACAGCGUUCUACCCCUGACGACCUCGAUCUCCGGGAACGGAACUUCCUUCGAGGAACCGUGGGGCUACUUCCACAUGAACUCGGUGGCCAAGUAUGGCUCCAACUACCUCAUCUCGGUUCGCCUGCUUUGCAGCAUCUUCCUGAUCGGACCUCAGGGUAACGUGAUCUGGAGGCUUUCGGGAAUGGACGGAGGUGACUUCAGACUCGGGGCGAACACCCACUUCUGCUACCAACACGACGCUCGCAUUCUCCAUCAAGACGCCGACAAGGUGACCAUCACCAUGCACGACAACGGCAACACCGAGUUUGACAACAACACCGUCACCAGGGCUCUUGCCUUGGACAUCGACAUGAACACCAAGCUGGUCACCGUCAAUCGGACCAUGCGCAACCCCAACGAUCCCAUAUUCGCCGUCUCCCAGGGAAGUUACCAGACCCUCGCGAAUGGCCACGUCCUCACCGGCCAUGGAGCCUGGCCCGUCGCCGAGGAGUUCGACGCUCAGAACAACAUCACCAUGACUUUCCAGUUUGGCGAUUCGUACGACGUGUCGUCGUACAGAGCCUACAAGGCCCCCUGGAGCCCCAAACCGGCCCACCCGCCCGUGGCGGUGGCCUUCUCCAACACCGCCGGGAACGCCACCACCGUGUACAUGAGCUGGAACGGCGCCACCGAUGUGGAGUCCUGGAACGUCUACGCCGGGGCCAACGAGUCGUCGAUCGCGAAGGUGACGUCCGUGCAGAGGUCCGGCUUCGAAACUCCAGCUCACCUCGAUCAAAAGUACGGGGUGAUCCAAGUUGAAGCGGUAAGGUCAGACAAUGGUGGUACGAUGAACUCUACUGUGGUCAAGGUCACUGCUGGUGGGAAAUAGAUAGAGAGCGUGCGUUGUCCGAGAUAGGGGGAGACAGAGAGAGUGUGUGUGGGUGGAUAGGGGGGUAGGGUGUGUGUGGGUGUGUGGGUGGGUGAGAGACAGUUCGCAGUACGCAGGACGAAGUAAAAGUAAUCCAAUUGAGGUAAAUUUAGAAGUGUUGCCUCGUAUGUGAGCUGAGAACUUGAAAGACUCUCAAGCCAAUAAUGACAAUCAGAUGUAUCAAUUCUACGUA